GACUAUAUUUGUAGUUUACCCUAAAUCUAAAAGCCUUCUAAUCUAGACCCUCGCUCUUGUGUAGUCGGAUCUAUGUCUUCUCACCACCGCCGACGAGUGUCUCCGCCAUUAUCUGCAGCUCCGACGUCUUGUUCUACUGGUGCAUAAUUUUGUCGCCAUGGCUGAAAAUAUGGUAACACAGGAACACGAUGAACUCACUGAAGCUCUCAACGAUCUAUUUACGAAUGUUACCACUAUGAUUAAAGGCGAUCUUCAGGGUACAAACAAUGUGCUCAAGUUGUUGGAAACUAUGAAUCUGAAAGUAGCAGAAGAAUAUGAAGGAUUUGGUGAUGUUGCCUCUGGAUUGAGGGUUUUUGUUGAACGAUUGAAGGCGAAAAGUGAGAAUUUUGAUGAGUAUGUUCAGCAAAUUGAUGCUAUAGAACAGCAAGUGACUGAUCUAGAAGUAGUAAUCUCCAUGCUUGAUAAAUAUGUUUCUUUGUUGGAAUCAAAAGUUCAGUCUGUUUACAAGAUGCCAGCUUCAUCAUCAUCAUAGUUUGCACAUAUCUUAAUAAACUGAAAUGAAUCCCUACAUAUUGAUGUAAAAUGGAUGCUUAUCUCAAUUAUUCCAUUGAAAUGAAAUUGAUCCAAAACUUGUUGAAAUAUCA